AUGAUACACACCUUUGAUACUCUUCCCUCUGGUGACCACGCGCGGGCAGACACAAAGGCCAAUAGCCAAACAAUCUUUGUGUCGGUGCAGUGGAAUCACAAAGCCGCCUUUGACCCAACCUUUCUCAGCACAACAACAAUUCUUUCUUCUCCGUCUCCCACAAAGACUCGGUCCGAACUGCUGCACGAUGGGUACUACUUAAGGUAUACUCGAUCUGGUCUGGAUGCAUCUCUCAUCAUUACCAUUGCAUCAAAUUACCACUUCAAUCCACAUCCAGCCUCCAAGUCGAGCGCCGAAUCCACAUCGCAACACAGCGAGAACGCAACACAACACAACAGAGCAGCUCAAAUCAGACCAGAUCAGAACCUGUCCAUCACAAUGUCCUUCCUCCCUCCACCGUCCAACUCCUCCUCCUCCGCGUCCAGCACCGGAACCCAGAUCCCCCUCCCCAAAAACGUCUUCGUCUGGAUCGGGAUCAAAGCCGACGAAGCGCUCCAAAAGGGCGCAAACUUCGACGUCAACCACCUCCGCGAGCUGCCCAAACCCGCCGCCUACAUCGUCAUGAUCCGCAAGCCCGACAUGCAGCCCACGGAGCGAACGUGGUACCACUGCAUGGGCGUGGAGUUCGAUGAGAAUGACCACCACGGCGGCUUCAACGACUACUGGCACCAUGUGAUAAACGAGGACCGGUACGAGAAUAACACGUACUGCGAGCGAGUGAUCGCCUGUGGGAUGUUUCCGAUGGAGAAGUUCGAUCUGUUUGAGAAGUGCUUCCAUGCGACGCCGCCGCAGCAUCCGCCGUACUUUAUGAUGCGGUUCUUGCGCAAGCUUGUUGAAACGGGGGUUCUGGAGGCGUAUACGAUUAAUAUCUUCGAGGCGAUUGUUGAGGAGCUUGAGGGGCCUGUGCCUGUGGAUCCGAAGCUGGAUGGCGAGAAAGUUGAUCCCACGCCGCUCAAGGAGCUGGAUAAAUUUGAGGAACAGAUGAUGUUUCCGAUGGAGUUGUAG